CUGCCGUGAGCCCAUGUGCAUGCUGCGGAGGCCUCCUGUGAUUUUAGGCUCUUCUGUAUCAGCUUGCGGACCUGCUUUGUUUCUGCCUUGGAGGACCCGGAGAAGGGAGCUCAGCCGCCUGUUGCACGCUGGAGGCUGGAGCCUUGCAGCACCGCGGCUCGCCUCGCCUCGCUGCAGCAUUGGUGGUGGCGAGGGAGAAUGUAGCGCGUGUCGGAGUGUAGGAGGGCGGCCAGAGAGAGAGUCAAGGCUCCAGAGGGUGAACUUCUCCUGCUCGUGUUGGAGCGUGGCGGGUGCACAGAGUUUUCGUGGCAAUUCUCUGAGCACAGCAGGGCCCCCACACCCAUCGUGGUUCCCCGGCCCUCUUCCUCUUGUUCGUGUUGCGGAGACCAUCCGGGACCCCCGAGCAUGGAAUAGUGGGCACCACAGGGGCUCAGGGCCCUGUGGGUGGCGGAGUCACAGUGAGAACCGGUACUUGGGUGGGGAGGACUGGCUGGGUCGGAGUUUCUGCUGUUCCUACUCCCCAAAGAGCGCCGGGCACUGUGGUGUCUCCAGUCCCCAUCCCAGAGUUAUUUGGCUUUGUCCACCCAGGCGCUCCGAGCCAGGCUGGAGAAGGAGGUGGAGGAGAAGGUUAUCUAUGGUGAACCGGAGACGAGUUUGCAGAUGGCACAGUUCUGCGGCUCGCCUUCUGCGGUUGUGGUGGCGACGGCAAUGGAGACUGCAGCUCGACAGGAGCGGUAGAAGGGCGCCCGUGUUGGCUAGGUGGUAGGAGCCUUGUAGGGUGGGCCGGUGGAUGGAAGGUGACAGCGCAGCGCUGGUUGUGUUGGCGUCGGCACUAAUGGUGGCGGCAGCAACAAAUCUAGGGCCUGGGAAGGGGGAGUGGGGAGUAGGAGCGCUUUGGGGCCUAGCCCGGCCUGGUAUAGGUAGGAAGCUGCCGGUUCUGUACCGCAGCCCUCGGUGACAGGUGGCGGCAUAGCCAGGGCAAGGAGGAGUCCUCUCUUUUCUCCUGCAGUCUCUGGAGGGUGCCCUCCUCCUGCUGGCACCUGAGCCAGCUGUGAGUGUGGCAGCAUUGCCUCAUUCUUAACAAAAUUUAGGGGUUGACUAUUUGUGUAUUUUUUUGCUUGUUUUUUGUUCCGAUAGUCUUGGAUUUUUUUAAUUUCAUGAAUCGGGGAGGGGAAAAAAGGUAUCAUAACGAGCCUUCUAAUUCUUGCAUCUGUUCUUUUUCCUUUCUUCCAGUCUAAUCUUAUCAUCAUCAUCAUCAUGUUCGUCUUCAUUUUGUUACGCUGCAGCUUCUAUUUCUUGUUUUUAUGCUUGUUUCUCAUCAUCCUUUUGUUUCUUUAUCCCAAGGAAUGGCCUUAACAAACAAAAACUGAGUUAGAAACUACUCGUCACUGUGUUGUAUUUUUAAAAUAAUCAGCCCCUUAACUUUGGAGCCGGUGGGGAGAGAGAUUGAGAGGGUGCGAGUCACCUCUGGAAGGCUGGGAUUUGUUUUUACUGGGAAGAAAAUAGGUUCUUUGUCAUCACAAGCCUUGUGUGACACCAGCAGCUCCUCUUCGCCCCACUCUCACAAACCACAGCACCCAGACUGGUGAGUCCAAACACACAUGCACACAUAUACACACAUUACAUUCAUGUGCACACAUGUUCAUGUGCGCAUAUAGAUACAUGCUCAUAUACUCAAGAUAGACAUUCACACGUGUACACACAUUGCACACUUGUGUGUGCACACACAUACAUAUACAUGCACACCCAUACAGGCACACACACUCACAUAUACGCAUUAACAUUUCCUGUUUAACGUUUUCUGUUUGCCCCUGGUGAAACGAGUGCCAGAUGAUACUGCCCCACCAUUGUGAUGCCAUCAGUAGGCAGACGCGGGGAAGUUUGGUCACAGCCAUGGUGCCAGGUUUUGAACUCAGCCUCUGAGCUGAGCCUGGAUCCAUGGACCUUUCUCAAUGUCCCUCUGCUGACUCCACACCCCAUCCCCAACACCAGCCCCCCGUGGAGAGUCGGAGGGUUAGGGGCUGUGUGUGCAAGUGGACAUUAUUGUAGAUGCUUCUGUAAUGAGGACGUGCAGGAGGAAUAAAGAAUUUCUGUGUUAAACACUGUUAGCCUUCCUCUGCCGUUUAGCAAAAAUCCCAAGGAGAGGAGAGUGAUGACGGGACAGAAAUAGGAGUGAGAAACAGGAAGAAUGGACAAGAUGAUUAGAAGGCUGAACGAAGGAGAGAGCAAACUAAGAUGAGAAAAAGCACUGCAGAAAACAUUCUGAAGGAGAGAGAAGGAGGGGCAGAUGGGGAAACAAGGAGCAGGUGGAGAGAGAGAUUCAGAGGGUGCGAGUCACCGCUAGAAGGAUGGGAUUUGUUUUUACUGGGAAGAAAAAAUGUUCUCUGUUAUCGCAAGCCUUGUGUGACACCAGCAGCUCCUCCUCGCCCCACUCUCACAAACCGGCACCCAGACUGGUGAGUGCAAACACACAUGCACACACUUACAUACACGUGUACAGUCAUGUGCACACACAGAUACUAACAUGCUCAUAUACUCAAGAUACGCAUACAUUCACAUGCACACAGACACGUACUCACAUGCACACGCGUGUGCGCACAUACACACUCACAUGUACAUGCACACCCAUACAGGCAGGCACACACACGCUCACACACAUUAGCAUUUCCUGUUUAACAUUUUCUGUUUGCCCCGGGUGAAACUGAGUGCCAGGAAAUACUUCCCCACCAUUGUGAUGCCGUCAGUAGGCAAGCUGGGGGGAGUUUGGUCACAGCCAUGGUGUCAAGUUCUGAAGAGGUUUAUGCUAGUUUGGGUUUCUUAGCAUGAGCUAGAUCUUCCCUGACAGUGGCAUCUGGCCCCAGCUCCAUGCAGUCCUCACCAAGUCGUGUUGCCUGUGCAUCCUGUUUCAUCUUCCAAAGCUGGCUUCAUCAGUGGCCUGUGAAGUUGGCUGCAGAAUCAUCGAAGUGUGGAAAUAGAGAUCAGAACUUUACAUAAGUGUAUUUUAUCUAACUUUUUAAAAUUCCCUAUUUUUUGUAUAUGUUUAAUAAUGUUUAUAUUAGUGGAUUUGAGCAUUUAAGUGAUCAUUAAAAGUACAAUA